AUGGAGACUACCAGCAGUAUGCCAACGACACAACUGGCGCAGGGUCAGUGCCACUUCGGACGCGUGGAGAGACGGCAAGAGUGCGCAAUCUCCAACGCGAGCCAGAGUCAGAGCAAGAGCAAAGUGCUGAAGAGACAGCGCUCCAACUCUCCUGAACUGCUGCGCUGCAAGAGGAGGCUGAGCUUCACCGGCCUGGGCUACAGCAUCCCCCAGCAGCAACCGGUCGCCGUGGCGCGGCGCAACGAGAGAGAAAGGAACCGGGUCAAGCAAGUAAACAUGGGCUUUCAGACCCUGCGUCAGCACGUCCCGAACGGCGCGGCUAACAAAAAGAUGAGCAAAGUAGAAACCCUGAGGUCUGCGGUGGAGUACAUCCGCGCUCUGCAGCAACUCCUGGACGAGCACGACGCCAUUUCGGCCGCGUUUCAGUGCGGAGUCCCCUCUCCAACCCUAUCCAACAGUUACUCCGCGGAUCCAGAGUCACCACAUUCGUCUUACUCCUCCGACGACGGGAGUUACGAGCCUCUGAGCUCCGAGGAGCAGGAGCUGCUGGACUUCACCACAUGGUUCAACAGAUACUGAGGAAGUGCAUUGCGCAUCAUCACAAACUCCAACCGAGCGCACCUGUCUUUCUACUUACAGU